CCAACCAUGAAGGCUGCUUUAGAUCUCAGCGCCUCGAGGUGGUUUUACUGGUUGCUCCUCAGUGUCUUAACAAAUUCCGAAUUUAAAUCCUGUCAUGCAGUUCCAAUUGUCGGUGGUCGGAUAGUGUCAACCGUGGGCAGCAGCACAAGCAAAUAUCCGUUCAUGGUCUCAUUGCAAGAUGUAAUCACGACAAAUACCACGAAUGGAGUUUCUUAUCGACACUUUUGUGGAGGCAGUCUAAUAAGCGAUCGCUGGAUUCUCUCCGCAGCUCACUGUGUUUGGAGGAAAAACAUUCAUAAUAUUGCUGCCUUUAUUGGCCAUGAGAAUAUUGAAAACAUUGAGGAACUUGAACCAUAUGGUCUGGAAAGUGCCGAGUAUAUUUACUUCCAACCAUCAAACUUUCGGAACGAUAUAGCUUUGCUUUAUAUGAAACGUCGCUACUGGAAUGAUUUCAGUCACGGCCUACAAUUCGCCCAACUGCCUCCGCAGGGCAUGAAACCAGACCAAAAUGAAUCCUGUCGGAUAAUUGGCUAUGGAGCCACUCAGCAUGCUGGACCCUGUCAGAAGAAACUAUUUGAGGCAGAAGUUCGGGUGAUUGAUAAUCAAAAGUGCAGGGAUAUCAUAGGACAUAUCUGGGCGCCACAAAAUGGAGCAAAUACAGUCUGUGCGCUGGGCAACAAUCAGGAUUCCUGUCAAGGCGAUUCGGGUGGGCCCCUGAUCUGUCCUUAUGGAGGAAAGGACUACAUAUAUGGCCUUGUAUCUCACGGACUUACUUGCGGCAUCCAAGGUAUGCCCAGCAUUUAUACGGUGACCAGACCCUACUAUGAUUGGGUACAAUUUCUAAUGCAGUCCUAGAUCUCUGGCGAUCACGUAUAAAUAGUAUAUUUAUUAUGCGAUAUCAAACAGAAAAACAUUUAUCAAUAUAUACUUAAACAAUGCAGGAA